GAGACUGGUGGGACUUGGAAGUAAGUUUAUGCUUAUGCUGUAGCUCCCCCUCUGUCUCUCCAUUCAAUGGCCACCAAAAUGCACGGUGAUGACUUGGCGCAACUUCUUCAGAGCACCGACGUGAACGGCCAAAGGAACGGUGCCGCCGUCGCAGUGUCGCCGGAGACGAGCUCAGCGUUGUCGCUGUUUGUGCUUGACCCGCACGAGCGGGACGCGGUCUUGGCCUGGGAAGCGCUCGAGCGAGGGGAGACCAAUUACAGGGCUCUUGUCGAAAUCUUUCUGGGUCGAAAGUCGAGUCAUAUACAGCUGAUCAGGCAAGCUUAUCAGAGGAAGUUCAGAAGGCAGCUGGAGCAAGACAUCAUCAACACUGAGCCUCCUCAUGCUUUCCAAAGGAUUAUUGUAGCACUUGCCACAUCCCACAAAGCACACCAAGCAGAUGUUAGCCAACACCUUGCCAAGUGCGAUGCUCGCAGACUCUUCAAAACCGGCGAGGGAAGCUCGUUGGGAGCGAUUGAAGAAGCUGUCGUGUUGGAGAUCGUAAGCAAGAGGAGCAUUCCCCAGCUAAAGCUCACGUUUUUGAGCUACAGGCAUAUUUAUGGACAUGAUUACUCCAAGUCACUCAAGAAAGUGAGCGCCACGGAAUUUGCGGACGCUCUUCGAAUGGUUGUGAAAUGCAUCUCCAACGCACCCAAAUACUAUGCCAAGAUGCUAUACACGAACCUUAAGGGAAGGACGGUCGAUAAGAGCGCAUUAACGCGAGUGAUGGUGAGUCGGGCAGAGCUAGACAUGAGCGAGAUUCGGAGAGCUUUCAAGAGAAAAUACGGUGUCGAUAUCCAGGACUGCAUUUGCCAGAGCAUUGUGUGUGGGGAUUACAGAGACUUUCUGGUUGCAUUGGCCACCAAAACAUCUCCUGCCACAUCAAGUUCCAACCUUUUCCAUGGUUUGAAUCAAGGAAGUGAUUAGGACAGAUUGUUGCUGUUGUUAUUGAGCAUGUAUAGAUUCGAUUAGAUGGAGUUAAGUAUUUAACAGAGCAGUACAUUGAGAGGGAUGGCUAAUGAUUCCGAUCGUGAUGGCUAAUGAUUCCGAUCGUGUUGCUCUCGCCUAUGUACUUUUGAUUCCAUAGUGCCAGCUUUCUUUCCUUGGAACUUUUAGACUGAAGAACACUAGACAGAGGACUUUUUCAGAAUGGCUUCGUAAAGUAAAAGCACAAUCUUUCACGAAAAGUACAAGAGAACAUCUUUUCUUUACUCUUGGAUCUUGCCCUCAAACCUUCACAUGAGGGUCUUGUUCAGUAUAUUGAUGUCCAGUAUGUGAUUGAAGAUCGCCGUUGAUUGGCGAAGAAGGCAAUCGGGAAGAGUAAUUUGUGGGACGUUCCCAAUCGUCUAUCUUAGCUCAUGGCCUGGCAGAAUAAGGGCAUUGCAAGCACGCACGUCUUCACCAAACAAGGCAACUGCGAAGAACACUGGGCGAAGAAUCCCUAACUCGUUCUUUAAUUUCAUAAGGUUCCUUUCACCACUGUCUUAGAGGCAUGCUCUCUCUACGAUUGCCUGCGUGUUAAGGCAGGAAUAGUGAUCAGAACUUUUUCAUUGCCCCCACAAGAGGAAAUCACAAACAAACCAUCCACUUAACUAAACAAAGGAAUCAUUGUUCUUCUCAACCAUCAGUGCAAAAGAAUCCUAUUCCUCUCCAACGCCUUCACCUAUAAAUAGAGAAGAAAAGAGAGAUGAGAAGAAGCCUUCGUUCGACCAAUAAAAACAUCCCGUUUCAAACACAUCUUAACAGAUAAAAAGACAGAAUAAGGAAAGUACACCAUGGAAAGCAAGGCUGCCACCCCCUCAAAGCGUGUUUACGAGGAUUUCGAGCCCGUAUGCAAAUGGAACAACGAGGAAGGACGUGAUGUUAUCGAGCUCCAUGUCCAAGGUUUCAAGAAGGAGCAACUCCGGGUCCAAACCAGCAGCGCCGGGGACCUGACUGUCACCGGCGAAUGCCCUCUCAACGACCAGAGAUGGAGCCGAUUCCGCAAACAAUUCAAGCUCCCGAAGGAG